AUGGAUCCCUCAGCCGAUCCCUCGCAAUUGAAUCCGCAGAGCAACAGUGACAACCUCGCGAUGUCCUCUCGAACGACAUCCCGAAGCCAAGAGACGCAAUCGACGCCAGAAAAAACCGAUGCUGUCGCUAUCCCAGCGCAGCAGGCAAAUCAAGGAUACCUGGCGAUGGCCAAAGUUGCGAUUCCAAGAAGUCGGGCUGGUGCAAGUCUUCGACACAUGGAAGAACUAUCGCAGAAAGCAAACGAUUACGAAUCACUCUUAAAAGAUCUGCGCUCGACAGUGAAUGAAGCCGUAGGAGAUCGCAUCGCAGCGACACUGAAUAAAUACGCCAUCGAUGGAGAGCAGAAUACAACUGACCACCCUUCUUCAUCCUCGCGCACGCCCUUGGAUGAUGUCGAUCUCGAGCCGUCCUCACCAUCCUCAAUCGGAUCCUUGGAAGCAAUCGAUCGUGUUGAGGAGGAUCUUAAUAGAGGAGAGAAUGUCCGCGCAACAGGAUUUAUUGGAAAGAACUCGGAAAUAAGCUGGAUGCAGCGCGUUCAAAGAGAAUCCGUGCAACGAGCCCGAGGCGAGCCUGGUAUGUACGAAGGCGAGCCGCAAACACGCCAGUACGAAGAUUUCGCCAUCAACUCAGUCAGUUAUCAUUUGGAUGAUCUCGAUAUCAAUGUCUCGGGUCCUAUCGACAAGUACAAAAUGCCUUCUCGUGAACAGGCCGACCGCCUAUUUGAAGACUACUUAACUACUGUACAUCCAUUCUAUCCAAUUAUCAGUCGCCCCCUAUUCAGCUCACAAUUCAAAUAUUUUUUCGAAAAUUCGGCACGCCCAGGUGAUAGAUGGUUGGCAAUCUUAAACAUGAUUUUCGCUAUUGCCGCCAAACACUCUCAUUUGGUGCAAGCAUCCUGGAAGAGCAAUGAUACGCAGGACCAUUUGAUUUAUUUCACGCGUGCCAGAUAUCUUAGCAUGACAGACGAUGAUCUUUUCAGCCAUCCUGAUCUACAACAAGUCCAAGUAGAGGGUCUGAUGGCCUUCUACCUACUAUCGACAGAUCAGAUCAAUAGAGCGUGGAGAAUAUCUAGUCUUGCUGUUCGUUCUGCCAUAGCUUUGGGCAUUAACAUGAAAAGCUCCAGCGAGUCGACAGCCAACACAUCGAAGGAGUCUCGUUACCGUGUGUGGUGGUCUCUCUACUCCUUUGAGCACCUUCUCGGUGUAAUGACAGGUCGAGCCACUUGUAUUCUUGACGGAGUCUGCACCACACCGAUGCCAUUGCCUUUUGAAGAGGAAAGAUUCAAUGAACCCGACGUUCAAGAGAUCAUGAGCAACAGUUCUCUACGAGAAGAGAAGAUUCAGAACGCGGUUGCAAGCUCUUUGAUCAGGCUGAUGCCGCAAAAUCCGGUUGGUGGUCAAAACGUCGAUAGACGUGAGAAGACUGAUCGGUUUGCGUGGAUUCGAAGUAUCCCUUUUAACUCCGGUCUACUUUUUCUACUGUAUAUGGAUCUUACAGUCAUCACCCAAGAAAUUGUGAACAAAGUGUACACUUCCGAUGCAGUGAGAGUUCCUUGGUCUCAUAUCGAGAACCGUAUAGGCGAUUUGAAAUCACGGAUUGAUCUGUGGUUCAAUCAGUUACCGGAAGCCUUCAAGUUCACACAGAAGGAGAGCAGUUCGCCUGAACAGGUCCGCGCAAAGCUUGGACUUGCUUUUCAGUACUACAGCGCUCGCAUCACACUUGGUCGGCCGUGUCUCUGUCGUCGAGACGCUACCUCUAACAAAAGUACUUCUUUCAGCCACAAGAUGGCGUUAGUCUCGCUCGAGGCUGCUGCGCGAAUGCUAGAUUUGAUACCCGAUGCCCCUGACCCAUUUCAGCUUUAUCAACUGGCUCCAUGGUGGUCUAUACUUCACUUUCUGAUGCAAGCAACUACUGUCCUAUUGUUAGAGUUAUCAUUUGCCAAUGUGCAUGCGCCUGACGAAGAAAAGAACACAUUCCUUUCAGCAAAAAAAGCUAUCCGUUGGUUGUACGCAAUGUCGGAACACAGCACCGCCUCACUUCGAGCAUGGCAACUCUGCGAUAGCUGCAUGCGACGAAUAGCUGUUGGUAUGAACUACGAUGUCAGCGAUCUGCCUCCAUUGCCCAGCGACGCCAUCCUCGAGCAACAAAAACAGUACCAAGCUCGGGAUCCGCUCCAGACCCAGCCAGCCGUGACGUCUGGACCAUCAAGAAACACUCCGCAACAUUCAGAAGCAUUUGACUGGAGCACAGGAAUGGAGUCACUAGCCACUCCGUCAACAGAAGCCGCCAGACGUCGCGAACUCCUCAGCGAUCUUGAAUUAGAGCAGAAUGCCGCUCUUACUGCGGCGGAAUCCGUCACGUAUCCGCUGAGCUUUUCGCCAUUCAUGAUGAACCCCGGUGUGAGUGGUUCUUCCAUCUCUGAUUCUCAUUUCCCCUACGAUCCGCUAAGCGGGGAGUUUAUGGGAUCUUUUUUCCCUCCCGACGCUGAUCAGCAUGAGUGGGAUAAUUGA